AUGGAUAAUCAAUUCAAUAAGUUAAUCGAAGGAGAUUAAAUGAGAAAAUUUAGUGACUAUUUUUAGUAUAUAACAACUAUUGGAUAAGGGGCUUUUGGUGUUGUUGUUAAAGCAGUUAACUUGACGACAUAAUAGGAAGUUGCUAUUAAAGUACAUUGUACCAAACUAUAAUAAAUAGAUUAUAAAAAAGAAAUUAGUCAACAGAUAUGAUUAAUUGAAAUAAGAAUCAACUAUCUUAGCUAGUUUAAGACAUUAGAAUAUUGUAAAGUUUAUAGAUGUCAAAGAAACUGAUACUAGAAUUUUAAUUAUUAUGGAACUUAUAGAAGGAGGUAUCCUAUUCUUUUAAAUCUUAGGAUCUUUAGAAGAUUUAAUGGAGAAAUUGCAUAAAAAUAAUUAAUGGUUUACAGAAGAAUAAUGUAAAACCAUUAUUAGGAACAUUUUAUUAGCAUUAUCAUAUAUGCAUAAAAAUAAUGUUGUUCACAGAGAUUUAAAACCAGAAAAUAUCUUAGUUAAUGAAGAUUUAAGUUGUGUCAAAUUAAGUGAUUUUGGAUUGAGUUCUGUUUAAAAUUAAUUAAUGACUAAGCAAUGCGGUACACUUAUUUUUAUGGCACCAGAACUAUUAAUGAAUAAGAUAUAUAGCAAGGUAUUUAUUUAUAUUAUAAAUAGAAUGUAGAUAUUUGGGGAGUUGGUGUAAUUAUGUUCAUGUUACUUAAUAAAGGAUAACAUCCAUAUUAUAAAUAGGGAGACAGUCUAGAAUAAAUUUUAGAGAAAACUAAAUUAAUGCAUGAUCAAAGCAGUUUAACUUAGUAACAAUCUAAAAUGAUAUAAGAAUUUUAGAUUGUAAUACAGUUUAUUUAAAAAAUUAACUGAGUUAGACUAAACCAAAAGAUAUAGAGCAGAUUAAGGGUUGUUACAUCCAUGGUUGAAUGAACAAAGCGAUGUUGAAGUUCCUUAAACGAUGGAAGAAAUCUUUAAUACCUGGAUUUAAUAGUAAAAACUUCUGAAUUUAAUAAAAUCAGUAAUGUGCUUAUCUAAAUUUGGCUAUAUGAAGAAAUUAGAAAAUAGAGAAAUAUAUAAUUAAUUUUCUGAAUAGAAGUGUAAAUUAAAGGAGGAUAAAAAUAAAAAGGAAGGAAAGUUAACAAUAAACAAAGAGUUUUAUGAUGAAUUAUUCGAAGAUUAUUAGAAAACCUUAACAGAAUAAUAGAGAAGAUUAGUGUUAUAAAGUAAAUUGAAAUAAAAUACUAAUAGCCUAAAAGGUUGAGAGUGAAAAAUAAAUCAAAUAAUAACCAUAAAGCCAUUAAUUGUCAACGGUGUAAGCUAAACUGCAAUUCAUUAUUCGAGCAAGAAUGCCUUCUAAUAGUUCAAAAAAUAUUGAAGAAGAGAUUAAGGAUCUUGAAAAUGAAGAAGUGAAAUUAGAAUUGAAUGAAUCUUAAAUUGAUAUGCUUCCUCAAGAUAAUGAAUUAUAGAAUGAUACUAAUGGAUUUGAAAAAUCAGAUCAUAAUUUAUCAUUGCAAAUAAAUCCAAUUACAAAAUCACCAAAGAAAAAAAAGAAAUCACCUCUAAAAACUUAAACAAAAAUAAACAUCUAAAAAAAUGAAAGUGUUAAUAAUUCUCAAUAAGGAAUUAAAGAAAAGUCUACAAAUUACUAAAUACCUAGCCCUACUAAAAUUAUUAAUAAUAGUACUAUUAAUAACAAUAACACAACUAAAUACUAAAUAAAAUUGAAACCUCUUUAAACUUAAAUUGAACCUCCAAAAGAAAUAAUAACAAAUAAUACUAUUCUUAAUUAAAAUCCACCAAAUUAUGAACCUAACUUUCGCUCUGCUAUUAGACCUGUGAGAUAACCACAUAUUCCAAGAUUAUCUAGACUUAGUGUAGAUAGAGAUUAAAUCUAACCUGCUGUUUUAGAUCUAUCUAAUAUGGCUUUAGGUGGAUUUAGUCCUGUACACAGCAAUUAAUUUUUAUUUCCUUCUAAAAUUCCUUAUUAUUGUCCAUAAAAAAGAGUAUAUUAAAAUGAAUUUCAUCCUUCCAAAGUAUUAACUAAUUUGGCAUCCAAAAAAUCAAAUGAUCAUUAUAAUUUUAUUAAUGGUGGACCUAAAUGA